AUGGAGAUCCGGCCCCUUCUUUCACUCUUCUUCGCUUUUUUUAUGGUUGUUCAAUCUUUGGCCAACCCGAUCACUGCAAUCAGAAAGAGAGGAAUUCCGCGAGUUGUCACCCAAGAGAGACUCGAUGAACUGCAUGGCACAUACAAGGGCAUCUGGUUCGGUGACGCAGCCAAAGAAUGCAGCAAGCAGCAAUUCGACACUUUGACCAGCGUCUUGGACAAAUCGGUCGAGGUCCUUGACCUCAACGGAAAACAUCCCGUACAUAAAACCGCAGGCUGGAACCGAUACUUUAUUCAAGAUCACGAAGUGACAAAUCCGGAUGACAAUGGCUGGCGUUCUUAUAAUAUGGACUUCGGACGCACAAAUCGCUGUGACGAACAUGGAGUGGGUGGUGUGACCUACAAGGCACACUUUACCAACAUAGGUAUGGCCUAA